AGAGGCACAAGUUGUCAAAACAAGAUCAACUACAGCGUAGAGAGAGUGACAAGUAUUAAAAUGCUAGAGUUCUAACACAAAUAAAUUUUAAUUAAAAUAAAAAUAGAAAUGGAUUCAUAUAUCUGCAUGAAUCAAUUUAACGAUUUUAUGGAUCAAAUAAGUCCGAGCAUGUCGCUGAUGGAACAAUUUAACCUGGUACAACGGCAAAAUCCGCCAACUGCUGAACCCCCGCAACAAAAAUCAAAGCCAAAGCAAAAACCAAAACCGGUCCAAACAAAAACAUCAGCCGCGCUUAAAAAACAAUUAGCUGAACCGAAUAGAAAGUAUGCAAACGCGUAUGUGAAAAUUGUAGAGCAACCGGCGAGUAAAGCGGUAAGAUUUCGGUAUGAGUGUGAGGGGCGUUCAGCCGGUUCCAUACCGGGUGUCAAUUCGACGCUGGAAACGCGUACUUAUCCCACAAUCGAAAUUGUUGGCUACAAGGGGCGCUCGGUGUGCGUCGUUUCUUGUGUGACCAAGGAUCCACCAUUUAAACCGCAUCCACACAAUUUAGUUGGCAAAGAGGGCUGUAAACAUGGUGUAUAUACAUUUAGUGUUAACGAGGAGACUAUGCGUGGGGAGCUCUGUAAUCUGGGGAUACAGUGUGUGAAGAAGAAAGACAUUGAAGCCUCACUGAAGGCACGUAAAGACAUACGCGUUGAUCCCUUUAAAACUGGCUUCUCACACGCUAUGAUGCCGGGUACUUUAAAUAUUAAUGCGGUUCGUUUGUGUUUCCAAGUGUUCAUCCAGGGCGAAAAUGGACAUUUUACGGUGCCACUGAAACCCGUCGUCUCCGAGCCGAUUUAUGACAAGAAGUCGAAGUUAGACCUUGUCAUUAUUCAGAUGUGCAGUUCGGCGACGGUGUUGGGCAACACGCAUAUUAUGUUGCUCUGCGAGAAGGUGGCGAAAGAAGAUAUUGCGGUACGAUUUUUCGAGGAGAAGAAUGGUGUUGUCGUUUGGCAAGCUUAUGGCGACUUUUUAUCCUCGGAUGUGCAUAAACAGACCUCGAUUAGAUUGAAGACACCUAAAUAUCAUAAAACCGAUAUUACAGAGCCCGUACAGGUAUUGGUACAACUACUAAGACCUUCCGAUGGUGCUGUUAGUGAGCCUUGGGAAUUCAAAUAUGAGCCAAUCGAUUCGGAUGAAGUGCUGUUAAAGCGUAAAUGUAGACGCAUCGGCCUCACUAUGGCCUCGCUGCAAGCUGAAGAGAACCAGACGAACAGUGAACGUAUUGGUUGUAUUAUGAAGAGUUGGGAUGCUACCAAUAAACCGGCACAAGAUACCAUUAUGAAGGAUGAAACACCUACACAUUUGGAUAUGUUCUAUGCUUCUAGUGAGAUGACACCAUCGCCAGAGCCAUUAUCGCCAAUAACAAUAACGAACAGCAGCGAUUCAUCGACAUCGCCUUCGCCUUACGGCAAGGUUACAGAGAUACUUAACUUGGAAACUGGUGCGGUGGACGUUCAUGAAACUCUCAAUGUUGAGACAACUCCCUCCACACUGGAGAAUAAUGUUGAGAGUCAGGUUUAUACGGGUGACCAACAGCCGCAACAACAACAACACAAUCUGGAUCAGCUGCUGCUGUCGGAACUAAAUCCGAUACAACCACCAGUAGUACAGCAAUUGACGCAACAGCAACAACAACAUCAAUCACUCCCGUUACAGUUGCAAGUGCAGCAAAAACAGCAAUUGCCUCAAUCGUUACAUCAAACGCAACAACAGCAACAGACACAACAACCACUCCAUCCACAUCCACAACAGAUGCCCAUGCAACUACAACAGGUUCAACAGCAACCUUUAUUACAACAAAAAUUGCAUAUGCCGCAGCAUCGCCAGCAGCCGCAACAACAACUACAUCCACAGCCGCAACCGAUUUCAAUGCAACAACAACAGGUGUCACAUCAAUCGCAAUUACAGCAACAACUACAGGUUCCGCAGCCACCACAAAUGCUACAACAAACACAUAUGUCACAGCAGCAGCAGCAACCACAACUGAUGCCAUUGCAACAACAACAACAACAGUUAAACCCACAACACUUUUCACAGCAACACCAACUGCCAUAUCAACCUCAACAUCCGCAACAACUACCGCUUCUUGGCAACAGCGAUAUGAUGAACUGGGAAGAGAAAUUCGCUAGCGUUUUGGCCUUUGCUGCGGCAGCGCUUAGCAGCAAUCCAUUCAACUUGCAACAUUUCCUCACUGCCACCGCAAACAGCAUGACACAGAGUGGUCAAUGGAAUUUCCCCUUUAGCAAUAUGCAGCAACAACCGCUGGCACCCCCUCAACAACAACAACAAUAUUUAUCACCUCAACAACUUCAACCAGCAGAACAACAAGAGGAUUUGUCCAAAACACAAUUCCAACAACAAUCCAACGUCACCGCAAGCAGCAACGACGAUACUUUGGUGGGCGACGACGAUGCGAAUAACGCCAGUGUUUCUCAGCCUGGUGAGGAGGCCUCCACCAUCAGCCACUUGUUGAAUUUGGACAGCGAUCAAUUGGUGCAGAUCAGUUGUGAUGACACGCUACUCGGUCACGCUAUCAAUGAUGAAUUGGAGAUCGCGUCUUUGACCAUAUCGGUGUAGCCGCUUAAAGUUCGAAAAUAUAUUUAUCUCUUAGUCUCAUUAACGUUGAAAAUGUAAAGUUAGGUGAUUUCUUUUCUCAGAAUAUAUACAAUAAUAUCAAAUAAAAAUGCAAAUAAUUUA